UCUCAGGCUCCCGCCGGCUUGGGGCGGAGUCCUUGGGUGGAGGAAGCGAGUUUCGGCCCGGGAUUGCUGGAGCUCGAGCGGCCAGAGUUCGGGGGCGGCAUGGUGUCGACUUGCAAUCCAGCUGAGAGGAGAGGCGCCACCGGGGAGGCACUGAGAGUAUGAGGCUCUGGCCUCCACUGGCCACUCACUCGUGACCCUUCCACCACGGCGGAGCCUUCCAAGCCAACCUCCUGCCGUGUGGUGAUCUACUUGCAGCGGGAGAUGUCAGGGGAUACCUGUCUGUGCCCAGCCUCGGGGGCCAAGCCCAAGCUCAGCGGCUUUAAGGGAGGAGGCCUGGGCAACAAAUACGUCCAGCUCAAUGUGGGCGGUUCCCUGUACUACACCACUGUGCGGGCACUAACCCGGCAUGACACCAUGCUCAAGGCCAUGUUCAGUGGGCGCAUGGAGGUGCUGACUGACAAAGAAGGCUGGAUCCUCAUAGACCGAUGUGGGAAGCACUUUGGCACCAUUCUGAAUUACCUCCGAGACGACACAAUCGUCCUCCCUCAAAACCGGCAAGAGAUCAAGGAAUUGAUGGCUGAAGCAAAAUAUUACCUCAUUCAGGGGCUGGUGAACAUGUGCCAGUCUGCCCUGCAGGACAAGAAGGACUCCUACCAGCCUGUGUGCAACAUCCCCAUCAUCACUUCCCUGAAGGAAGAGGAAAGGCUCAUCGAAUCCUCCACCAAGCCCGUUGUGAAGCUGCUGUACAACAGGAGCAACAACAAGUAUUCCUACACCAGCAACUCUGAUGACCACCUGCUGAAAAACAUUGAGCUGUUCGACAAGCUCUCCCUGCGCUUCAACGGUCGCGUGCUCUUCAUCAAGGACGUCAUUGGCGAUGAGAUCUGCUGCUGGUCCUUCUACGGGCAGGGUCGGAAGCUGGCAGAGGUGUGCUGCACCUCCAUCGUGUAUGCCACCGAGAAGAAGCAGACCAAGGUGGAAUUCCCAGAGGCCCGAAUCUAUGAGGAGACACUCAACGUCUUACUCUAUGAGACCCCCCGAGUCCCUGACAACUCCCUCUUGGAGGCCACAAGCCGGAACCGCAGCCAGGCUUCCCCCAGUGAAGAUGAGGAAACCCUGGAACUGCGGGACCGUGUCCGCCGCAUCCACGUCAAGCGCUACAGCACUUACGAUGACCGGCAGCUCGGCCACCAAUCCUCCCAUCGCGACUGACGAGACCCUCCUGGAGUCAGGGCACGGGACGCCCCAUCGCCCCUCUUGUGGAGCCCUGCCCCCUCGGCCACCCCACUCUGCUGCUGGCUGGGUCUCUGCCCCAGCACCCAGAGGCACGACAGGACCUGCCUGGGAGGUCAGAGGGCCUGAGCAGCGGAGGGCUCGUGUUUCUCUGCCCGGCUCCCUAAGCACUUCAGGAGGACUGGCCCGUUUGCUCAGCCCCUCCCUUUCUGCCCGUGGGCUGAAUGGACUGACCCAUCCACCUCCCACUAGGAGCAUUCCCCUCUGCCCUUGGCUGAGCGUGCCUUUGCUCUGCUGAAGGCUACUUUAGGCCUCAGGGGAGGCCCACGGGGACCGAGUCUCUCUGAGGAAGGUGGCUUCUGGUGCUGUGGAGGCCCAGUUUCUUACAGGAGGUGGGGCUCCUUUUUUCCUAAGCACAGGCUUGAUGAGUUACGUUUUUAACAAAUAAUCUAGGAAAUGACUAGUUUUUAGUUUUAGUUGAAUAAUGAGGGGACUGGGUAUCUCUGCUACCACUCCAGGGUUCCAAGAUCCACGGUAAAGCAGAACCCUUGGCCCUUUUGAUACCUUUGGGAUCUGUUUCUUUAAAGCACUUUGUACUUUUAUUCAGGAGAUUUGUAAUCUGCCCUGACCCACAUCAUCUUCUAAUUCCCCUUUCCCUGUAGAGUCAAUCUAAGGGAGGGGAAAGAAGCAAUAAAAAAACUGACCAGCUCUAGCUUUGCCACAGUGGCCAAGCAGCCAACCCAAAGAGCACUGACGGGGUGAAUUUGUGUAAGUUAGGACCUGUGGUCCUAAUAACACCCCUGUAAGAAAGGAUAGUUUACCCCCGCAUCUUCAGAGUCACAUAAGCACUGACUCUUAGGGUCUUACAUGACUGUUCUCUUUGAUUCUCUCGCCCUUGGCUCUGAGGCAAGCUGUCCUCACUUACUGUAAGCCCAGAGGGCCGUUGCGGUGGCGGGGGGCAGGAGCUGCAGCAGGAAGGCUGGAGCCCAUCAUCCAAGGACAGCAAAUACAGCCCCGCAUUCCCUGGGGCCCCGAUGAGGUGGUUAUGCUUGGCUAUCCAUCCCCCCGCCCCCAUCCAUGCUCUUGGUUUUGGGGAUGGUGGUUCUGCCCAGUGGUGAGUCCCUGAACACAGGAGGAUGUGUGUAGCCUAAGAGCCUUGAAAGGGUUCUUCGUUUCUUUCUUGCUGGGUAAAUUUGGCUCUAGAGAUGCCGCACCCUUGGGUAAGGGUGCAAGUUCCUCUUCAUGGCUUCAGUUUUCAUUCCCUUUUGUUUGGCUUGGCCCGCGGGCAGCUGCUUAUCUGAAUUCUUUUCUAAAGGAAUGCCACCAGGAGGGAGCUGUUCAGCCAACCUAACAAACCAGCAUUGCACUCAGCAGUACCCACUCAGUCAGGAAAGGACAUAGCUGAUCAAGUUCAUGUCUCUUGACUACUAUGACUAUAGCUAAGUGGCUGCUUAUAGUUGAGCCUAUGGGCAAAUGCCAGGCCGGGGUUAGUAGACACAAAGACCUGUGCUAGGGCAAGAGAAGGGUGACUAAUCAGGCAUUUUACGCUAGUCAUAUUCUUGAAUGCAUAAAGACUUUCAGGUGAGGCACCUUGAUGGUCAGCUAUGAACGGUUCUUCAAGCCUUCACUGGAGUAACAAGAUGAAGACAAAUCCAUUUCUUUGGCCAGAUUCCAACUCUGGGUUUCCCACAGCAACUGGAAUGCUUCUGCUUGAGGCCACCAGUCUGUUUCCUCAGCUGCCUUCCCGAAGCCCUUUAAUACUCAAAGUCCCAGCUCCCCACUGAGGUAUUUUAAUGCUUGUCCCUUAACCUCCCCAGUCCCUGGGCCUCUCUUCACUGCUGGGACUUUGAGAGCCUCAGCUGUCUCAGUGGUGAGCAGUCUUUUCUUUCUGAGACAGCACAACAGUCUGGGACUCUAGGCACUUUUCUCCUCUGAUUGAAAAUAUCUCUUUGGUUUUAAAAUACUAACAUUGAACUCACUGAAGUCAUCUUAGCUUUUAAAAUCAAACUGUGUUGUAAGGGUUUGGGGAAUUUUGAGUUUCCCAACCCCAUUCAGAAAACAGCUCUUGGCUGUGUGAAUUUUUCAAUUCUGAGCAGCCCUGGGGAAUGUACACAAAAAGUGUGGAUGAAGGCUAAACCUUGUCAGUUUCUAAGAAAACUGGAAGCCUGCUGUUAAUCACAUGGCCCAGCAUUAUUAGGUUCUGAUCUCUUACCUGACCAGGGUCUGCUGAAGGAUGGCACAGGUCCUGGCAUGAAAGAACUUCUUUUAUCAUGUAACUACAAUUCUGUUGCUCAGCAUAGGUGAUGGAAACAAACACUAAUUUCUAAUAAAACUGUGUUACACUGCAGUGGUUCAGAGCCAUGCUUACAGGGAGUAGAGCUUGGUCACUCACUGCUGUGUGGACGUAAUUCAUGU